UCUUUUCGGAGAGGAGAGACCUGGAGAGGAGACCCGGGGGAAACAUCAGUCCCUGUGCACACAGGAGCUUCACUUUCCUUCGCCCCUCCACCAGUUUACCAGAAUGCCAAGUCCUUGUCCUCCUCAGACAGCCUAGCGAAGGUGCAGGAGGUAGCAAGCUGGCUUUUGGAAAUGAACCAGGAUCUGCUGUCGGGGGGCAGCGGCAGCAGGGCGGCCCAGCAGCAGAGGCCUGGGGCAGGUAACAGCACCUCCGGCCGCGCACCCCAGCCCCAGGCGGAGCACAUGAACCGGGUGCUGGAGGAGCAGGAGCAGGAGGCGCAGCAACAGAGAAGAGAAGCAGCCGAGGAGGAAGAGGACGGACGAGAGCGGCCGAGGGAUCAAGAGGAGGAGCCGUGGCCUUCCGGAGCCGAGCCGGUGGAGGAAGGACGGAGGAGUGAGGUGAAUGGAGCCGAAAAGGGUGCCCAGUGGAUGUGGGAGCAGGAGCAGCACCGGCGGCGUAGACGGCAUCGCGAGGAAGAGGAGGAGAACGAGGAGGAGGAGGAGGAGGGGAAUAAUAACGGCGGAAGGGAAGGGCAGGUCAGAGCGGGACUUCGUUCAGACCAGAACGAAGACGAUGAGGAGGAUGGCGAGGAGGAAAUGGACCAGGAUAGCGAUGAGUUUGAGCAUUCAGAAGAGAGUGGGAGGGAAGAGGAGGAGGAGGCUGAAGAUGAGGAGGAAGGAGAGGAAGGCCUCCACUCUCCCUCCCUCAGGACCGCUGUGACGGACCUUAAUGAUAACACAGACCAGUCCUCCGGACGACAGCACCAAAGCUCACCCUCGUUUUGCAAGAAUAAGAUGAAGAGGAAGUUGGACCAUGGCCCCGAGGUUCGAUCUUUCCCUUCAGGAAAAAAGCCCUGUCCAAGUCCCACAGGACUGCCGUUCCCAGCCACCCCCACUACGUUUCGGGACAUUCGAGCGGUCAAUGGGCAGGGUCAGCAGAGACGGCGCAUCACGUCCAUCCAGCCCCCCACAGGCCUGCAGGAGUGGCUCCACACCUUUCAGAGCUGGAGUGGCCCAGAGAAGCUGCUCGCGCUGGAUGAGUUGAUUGACAGCUGUGAGCCAACACAGGUGAAGCACAUGAUGCAGGUGAUCGAACCACAGUUUCAGAGAGACUUCAUCUCGCUCCUGCCCAGAGAGUUGGCCUUACACGUGUUGUCAUUUCUGGAGCCAAAGGAUCUGCUUCAGGCAGCUCAGACGUGUCGUUACUGGCGCAUCCUAGCAGAGGACAACCUGCUCUGGAGGGAGAAAUGCAAAGAAGAAGGUAUUGACGAGCCCUUGCACAUAAAGAGAAGGAAGGUUAUCAAGCCAGGGUUCGCACACAGCCCCUGGAAGAGUGCCUAUAUUAGACAACACAGAAUAGACACCAACUGGAGGAGAGGAGACCUCAAAUCACCUAAGGUGUUGAAAGGCCAUGACGAUCAUGUCAUCACCUGUCUCCAGUUCUGUGGAAACUGCAUUGUGAGCGGCUCAGACGACAACACGCUCAAAGUAUGGUCUGCUGUUACUGGGAAGUGUUUGCGGACGUUAGUUGGCCACACCGGCGGGGUCUGGUCCUCUCAAAUGCGAGACAACAUCAUUAUCAGUGGCUCCACAGACCGAACGCUGAAGGUCUGGAAUGCAGAGUCGGGAGAAUGUAUCCACACGCUGUACGGUCAUACCUCAACAGUGCGCUGUAUGCACUUGCAUGAGAAAAGAUUGGAUCCGCUCCUCCUACAGUUUGACGGCAUCCACGUGGUGAGCGGUUCGUUGGACACGUCGAUCCGGGUGUGGGAUGUAGAGACUGGAAACUGUAUUCACACGCUCACAGGUCAUCAGUCCCUCACCAGCGGCAUGGAGCUCAAAGAUAAUAUCCUGGUCUCCGGAAACGCAGACUCCACCGUCAAGAUCUGGGACAUCAAGACCGGCCAGUGCCUACAGACACUGCAAGGUCCCCACAAGCACCAGAGUGCAGUGACAUGCCUGCAGUUCAACAAGAAUUUUGUCAUCACCAGCUCUGAUGACGGUACGGUGAAGCUGUGGGACCUUCGGACGGGCGAGUUCAUCCGUAACCUGGUCACACUGGAGAGCGGAGGCAGCGGCGGCGUGGUCUGGCGGAUCCGCGCCUCCAAUACCAAACUGGUUUGCGCGGUGGGCAGCCGUAACGGCACGGAGGAAACCAAGCUGCUGGUGCUGGACUUCGACGUGGACAUGAAGUGAAGGGGGGUGAACUUAAAGGGGACUCGUUUGGAAAACGGGGAGGGUGUGGGGGGGGGGAGCAACCUGCCGCGCCAGGACCGAUCGCUCACUUCAUGGCACCUCCCCGUUAAGUUGCCGCCAACAUUUCUCCCCGUCGUGCCACGGUCCGCGACUGCCGCCAUAGUUCCGUUCACCUUCCGAAGUGCAGACGCUCACAGCAUUCUGGGAAGGAAACUGACAAGAAGGACUUGGGAAGACAGGAUUUGUCCCUUUUCCUUCCACUCAAGGCGACCUUGCACAGAGACUUGUUCGCUCAAGCCUGACUGAAAUUCACACCCAUAUGUACAAACAUUUUUUUGUUUUUUUGAACAAAACAGUCAACACUGUAUACAUGAGACCCCUAAUGCAUCGACACGAACACGGAGUGAUAAAUAGUGUAUACAAAUGACACUUUAAUGGAGACAGAUCAGAGCUUUGUACUGCGGGAGUGACUCAAGAGAGAGAAAGGAAGCCAAUUUUGUCGGUCCUCAUCAACCUCAGCACACGCCAAAUAUCCCUUUCUUCCUCAUGCGUUGAAUUUUUCUUUUGUAUCUGUUUUUUUUGCUUUGUUCCCCACAACUUGUCUUUUGGUUUUCGCGUCAACAGCUGUGAAUUAAAGUUUUGUGCUUUCUUUUCAAGUUCAGCAUUUUUUUGUUUCACGAUCCUGCCUCUGUUGCAAACAACAGGUUUCAGUAUUAAGCUAAACCCACUCUGCUGUUUCACACGUUUAUGGGAUUUUAUUUUGUAAUUUUUUUUUCUUUUUGUAAUUUAGUGCUCCAUAAGCAGUGCCUCUCUGGAUCGGAGAUGACCUGCAUUCGUUAUGCUUUUCAACCAGUCUGGUCUGAUUAGCUCAUCAGUGCUGGUGCUCUGUGGGAAAUGUUUUCCCAUAAGCUCCUGGGAAUAUGCCCCCCCCUCCUCCAGUACUGUCCAUCCCAGUGACCAAACUGGAUUUUAUGCUGCUAGACUCACAGAAAAAUAAGGUGGAACUUUAACUGGCUGUGACGUUUUAGUCCCAGACGAAAUUCUAAACAAAAGUUACUUGUGGAGUUUGAACUUGUAAAACGACACAAACAAACGUACCAACAAAAGCAAAAUAUCGACAAAACCGCUUCUCUUUUUUUGCCACUGAAACUUGAGCCAAAUGUGCCUCUACGAGGCGUAGAGGAGGGAGAAUGUCUGACAAAGAGACGGGUUUGUCUGCUGAGAUGAAACGCCGGACGAGUAGAAACUAUUUUGCGUGUGUUUGCGAUGCGAGCAUGACUGGGUGUGUGUGCGGGUGUGUGUUUGAGCAAAUUGUUCACACAUUCCUUGGGACAAAAGCUGUUGUCAUCCUGUUCUGUGUGGAAAUGUAUGCUUCGACUAAAAAGAAUACCAUUCUUGUUUUUAAUUAGUUGAAAAACGAGAUUGUUGGAACCGGCGUUAAGUUACCGAAGAAUAAAGGUGGUCUUAGUGUACAGAAAUGGACAUCUGAUUACAUUUUAAGUGCUAGAGCUAACCUGGUUCCGUUGUUGACGCUCUCAUGGGUUUUUUUGUUAGUUUUUUUGAAUGGUAAAGCAGCUUCAUAGAUGAACAGGACGUAACCGCAUCCGUAGCCAAACGAUUCGUCUCAUCCUCCAAGUCACACAACUCAAGCUGAACUGUGAAAGUGGUUUAACACUGUAUAUUAAAGGAAAAACAAUCUUGUUCUUUCACCUGUUUUUUUUUUUUCUUCCCGUUUAAUUUAUAAUCUGGUUUGAGAAAUCAGAUGUUGGAGCUGUUUUAUUUUUUCAGUUUAUGUAAACUG